AUGGCCGCCACCCAGCCCAAGCCCCCCGCGGGGGCGACCGCCCGGCGCCUGGCCCGGGGCUGCUGGUCCGCCCUCUGGGACUACGAGACGCCCAAGGUGAUCGUGGUGAGGAACCGGCGCCUGGGCGUCCUGUACCGCGCCGUGCAGCUGCUCAUCCUGCUCUACUUCGUGUGGUACGUAUUCAUCGUGCAGAAAAGCUACCAGGAGAGCGAGACGGGCCCUGAGAGCUCCAUCAUUACCAAGGUCAAGGGGAUCACCACAUCCGAGCGCAAAGUGUGGGACGUGGAGGAAUACGUGAAGCCCCCCGAGGGAGGCAGCGUGUUCAGCAUCAUCACCAGGAUCGAGGCCACCCAAUUCCAGACCCAGGGAACCUGCCCUGAGAGCAUAAGAGUCCACAAUGCCACCUGCCACUCGGACGCCGACUGCGUGGCUGGGGAGCUGGACAUGCUGGGAAACGGCCUGCGGACCGGGCGCUGUGUGCCCUAUUACCAGGGGCCCUCCAAGACCUGCGAGGUGUUCGGCUGGUGCCCGGUGGAAGAUGGAGCCUCUGUCAGCCAAUUUCUGGGUACGAUGGCCCCAAAUUUCACCAUUCUCAUCAAGAACAGCAUCCACUACCCCAAAUUCCACUUCUCCAAGGGCAACAUCGCCGACCGCACAGAUGGGUACCUGAAGCGCUGCACGUUCCACGAGGCCUCCGACCUCUACUGCCCCAUCUUCAAGCUGGGCUUCAUCGUGGAGCAGGCUGGGGAGAGCUUCGCAGAGCUAGCACACAAGGGUGGUGUCAUCGGGGUCAUUAUCAACUGGGACUGUGACCUGGACCUGCCCGCCUCGGAGUGCAACCCCAGGUACUCCUUCCGGAGGCUGGACCCCAAGCACGUGCCUGCCUCGUCAGGCUACAACUUCAGGUUUGCCAAGUACUACAAGAUCAAUGGCACCACCACCCGCACGCUCAUCAAGGCCUACGGGAUCCGCAUUGACGUCAUCGUGCACGGACAGGCUGGGAAGUUCAGCCUGAUUCCCACCAUCAUUAAUCUGGCCACAGCUCUGACUUCCAUCGGGGUGGGCUCCUUCCUGUGUGACUGGAUCUUGCUAACAUUCAUGAACAAAAACAAGGUCUACAGCCAUAAGAAAUUUGACAAGAUGGUGGACACUCCCGUCUCCGAGCCUGCCCCACAAGACUCCAUGCCCACAGACCCCAAAGGUUUGGCCCAACUCUGAGCACCUUCCUGACACAGUGCACUGCAGACCCAGCCUGGUGGGGCCAGCCAGUCCCCAGCUAGGGACCCUCAGUGGACCAGGGCACUUCGGUAGCGGAACAUCUCCAUGAAACCGAACACCACAGGAUCCCCAUGCAAGGGCCAGGACCCCACUCCAGUCCCAGGCUUGUGCCCCCCCCCCCCCGGGUGCAUCAGCCCUGAUCCCUCCCCAGCUAGUCCCUAGAGUGCUGCUCACUUCCCACCACCUCUCACAGCCACCUGGGACCCAAGGCAGCUGAGCUCUGAGGGGCUCUGCUCCUGGUCUCAGGCCAUAGAAACCCUCAUCUCACCCCACCAGCAUUUGUAACUUUGGAUUCUGCCCACUCUUCCCUUAGAAGUCACAUCAUACUCUUAAAAGAGUUUAAUAAACUUGCAAACACAA